GUCACAAAACUAACUGCAUUUCGAGAACAGAUUCCCACAAGAACUCAUAGAGAACGGUGUGCUCAAAUCAUCAUUAGUUAUCUCUAACGAAACACAAAUAUUCAAUUAAAUUCUUUUCACAUUCUCUCACUGUAUAACUUUCAUCAUAACCAACACAAAGACCAACAACAUAUAAAAAAUUAAAUUAUUUUGUUCAAGAUAUUGAAAAAAAAAGACUUCGUUUAAAAGAGGAAAAAAGUUGGUGGUUAAUGAAGAAAAAAUAUUUGCCGGUGGUUUAAUCAGAAUCACUCAAUUACAAACAAUUUCAUGCGAUAUUCAAAUUUUCGAGAACACUCAGCGCCCUUAUAACUUAAAUAUAUAUAUUCAGAAAAUAUACAAAUCACUAGGGUAUUUAAAAGAACAAAAAAAUCAUUCAAAAGCACUUGACAAUUAAAAGAAAAAAAUAAAGUUGCUCUUUCUUGCAUUUAAUUAUCGUCGAAAAAGUGAAACAACGACAGUUACUGGUGAAAAUACAACGGUUUACUUUUCUAUUAGUUUUCAUGACUUUUUUAAAUUUUUAUUCAAAAUAAUUUCUUGUGAUUGGAAAGAAAGCUCCAGUGAAAAAAAAAUUAAAGACUAAUUGAUUUUUAUAACUUAAAGAGUGGUUGAAUGAAGUUUCAUUGUGUUGUUUGGAAUCGAACGCGUUUAUUUCGUAGAUUGAGAAGUGAAUUUAGUAUAAUAUUAAAUUUAUGAUAACAUUUAAUAGAAAAAACAAUAAGUAGAAUUUAAAGUCAAGUUACCCAGAAUCUGGAAAUGAUGUGUUCAUAAAAUAAACUGAAGAGCAAAAAAUUUUUCGAGUUUGAUAGAAUUUAGGUCUGAGGACCAAUAAAGGUCAUCCCGGCAUCAUCCUGGCCAACGACUUGUCAGGUGGCAGUGGCCCAGGUGGCGGUGUUGGUUCCGUCGGCGGAACAUCAGUGAGUGGUUCGCUACCAACCACUGCACUCAGUCUGGACCAUCAACAAUUUAACAUAUUUCCAGCAAUUUUUAGUCGGCAACUGAAUUUUUCCGCAGCAGCAGCCAAUUGCAGUCAAAAUAAACUAAUGGACGAAUUGAGGCCUAACCUUGGUUUACUUGGAGUUGGUCUUGUUGAAAACGAUACUUUUCAUUUAAAUCAUAAUCAAGAAAAAAGAAAAUGCAGUAGUACAAGUUCGAAUGAACAAGAUUUUGGACUUUAUGGUGUCCAUCAAGGUCUGGAAGCUAGUCCACCAACACCAGCAGCAACACCUGGCAGAAAUAGUGUUGGUAAUCCUACUUCUGUUGGUGUUGAAGGUGCUUUUAAAAAGUUGAAACCAGAACCCUGUGCGUCAAGUCCCCAUAUUGGCCACACACCAACCACAGCCAGUUGUCCGACACCCGCAAGAAGGCGACACAGAACAACUUUUACUCAGGAACAGCUAGCAGAAUUGGAAUCGGCGUUUGCAAAAUCUCAUUAUCCGGACAUAUACUGCAGAGAAGAACUGGCGAGAAGCACAAAAUUAAACGAAGCUAGGAUCCAGGUUUGGUUUCAAAACCGGAGAGCGAAGUAUAGAAAGCAAGAAAAACAACUGCAGAAAGCGCUGGCUCCAAUUCCAGCUUGUCAGGGUGCUAUGAUGAGGAAUAUUUAUCCAGGUACUGGUAGAGGAUAUCAACCUUACGCACAUGCACAUAACAGUAUAAAUGGCAUCAAUCGUUAUCCACAAAUGGGAGCAUCGUCAUAUCCGAGUAUGCCCCAGCCUUUCACAAUGUCACAUUCAACGUCAAACAUGUCAGCAGUCACUGGGAUGCGUCAAGAUACAAUGGGGAUGUCAGCAGAAGAUGAGUGGUACAACAAAAGUAUUUCGGCUCUCAGAAUGAAUACGGCACACCAUCCAAAUUUAUCAGCACCUAUGCUCCAGUAUCAGACAUAGAUUUAGCCUCACUACCAGGAACUAAGGACUAAUAUGAAAUGUAUAGACAGCAGAAGUGACGAAUGAUUCAUGAAUGAAGAAGUUGUAUAUUGUCAUUAAUUUCUGAGUUUUAUUAUUCGCUAGUCAAAUAUCUAGUCUGAAUCAAAUUGGUCGUAUCAAAGUUAUUUUUUUUUGGAUUUCUUAUUUUCAAGCAAAUCAUAACUUUUUCAAACUGAGACUUGUCUACAUGUCCAAGAAAGUAUAUCAUUUAUGAAUACCCAUUAAAAUCAUGUGAGCAAAUGAACGUUAAUUGACACAACUAAAAAAAAUAUAGUAUACAGUCAUACAGACUCUUCUUUUUUUCAAAAAUAUUCCAACCUCUGGAUUAUAAAAAUUAUAAUUGUUUUAAUUUUUAUCGUGCAAAAUAAGGUUAAAUCACAAGAAGAAGAUUAUUAGAGUCCGUCAGUGACAACAACGAAGCAAUUUUAAGGAAAAAAAAAAUAAAUGUUUCCGAUAAAAAACUAGACAACAUGAAUAUGUAAGAAAAUGGAUUAAUAAACAUUAUUCCAGACUUAAAAGUUCUAUAAUGCGAUAAGGUGUACAUAAAAUUGAAUAGUAUUAAAGUUAAAAAGCACCGAUACAAGUUAAUGCGAUGAUAUUAUUGAUAAAUAUAGCAUAUAUACGAUUUUUCAAUGUCCUUUAAAAAUAUAAGCCAAUAAAAAGAAUAUUACAGAUU